UGCUGUACAUCAUAGACGGCACAUUGCUGACUGUUUUCAGUUGUUUCUGUAACAAGAGACAGUGCACUCAAUCUGAGAAUAGUCCAAAUUCAAAAUGCUGAAGAGAAAACCAUCCAAUGCUUCAGAGAAGGAGAAACAUCAAAAACCAAAGCGCAGCAGCAGUUUUGGGAAUUUUGAUCGUUUUCGGAAUAAUUCCAUAUCAAAACCAGAUGAUUCAACUGAGGUAUAUGAAGGGGAACCCAUAAAUGAAAGUGAAGAACAAAAUAAAACUUCUAAUAAUGGAGGAAGUUUAGGUAAAAAAAUGAGAGCUAUUUCCUUGACAAUGAAGAAAAAAAUGGGUAGAAAGUACAUCAAAGCCCUUUCUGAGGACAAGGAAGAGGAAGAUGGAGAGGAUACCCUCUCAUAUAGGAACAGUGACCCUGUUAUUGGAACCCACACAGAGAAGGUCUCUCUCAAAGCCAGUGACUCCAUGGAUAGUCUCUACAGUGGGCAGAGCUCAUCAAGUGGAAUAACAAGCUGUUCAGAUGGAACAAGUAAUCGGGAUAGCUUCCGGCUUGAUGAUGAAGGCCCCUACGCAGGACCAUUCUGUGGCCGUGCCAGAGUGCAUACAGAUUUCACACCAAGCCCCUAUGACACUGACUCCCUCAAAAUCAAGAAAGGAGACAUCAUAGACAUUAUCUGCAAAACACCAAUGGGAAUGUGGACAGGAAUGUUGAACAAUAAGGUGGGAAACUUCAAAUUUAUUUAUGUGGAUGUCAUCUCAGAAGAAGAAGCUAUCCCAAAGAAAAUAAGGGCACACCGAGGAAGUAAGAAGGAAAAACCCAAGACUCUGAAGGAGUUCUUAGAGAGAAUUCACCUUCAGGAAUACACUUCAACACUCUUGCUCAAUGGCUAUGAGACCCUAGAAGAUUUAAAGGAUAUAAAGGAGAGUCAUCUCAUUGAACUAAACAUUGAAAACCCAGAAGACAGGAAGAGGUUACUAUCAGCUGCUGAGAAUCUCCUUGAUGAAGAAACUAUUCAAGAGCAAGAAAAUGAAUCUGUGCCCCUAUCUUUGAGCCCAGAUAUCUCCUUAAGUAAGUCACAGUUAGAUGACUGCCCAAGAGACUCUGGUUGUUACAUCUCAUCAGAAAAUUCUGAUAAUGGCAAAGAAGAUCUGGAGUCUGAAAAUCUGCCUGACAUGGUACAGAAGAUUACUAUCACAGAUCCAAGUGACUAAACACAUUCUCAACUAGAAAUCUAUAGCUCCUUUCCAUUUCAACUCUUCUUGACCUAAAAGAUCAAAUAGGAAAGAAAGAAAAAAUAUUUCUAAAUGCAAUCUAAAGUUAAAAUGUUUUAGUCUGAAUGAUGUACAUAAAAGUUCAUAACGACAUUUCCAACUAUUGUAAAUAACAUGUAUAUUUAUUAUUUUAAGUGCUAAUUGUUAAUAUUUCAUUUUCUUGUAUUAGAAAAGGUAUAGUGUAAGUCUCUGGUAUGUGUGACAUUGACUUUAUUUUAUAAGUGAAAAAUGAUAAAUUUACAAAAAAAAAAAACCCUUCCUUUUUAUACCUCCUGGUUUUGAAUGUGUGUAUAUUUUUGAAUAAAUAGUAACAGAGCAUAUAUGUUACUAUCUGGCCAACUUUUUUCCAAGCAGCAUCUACAUUCAUUUUUUUGUUUACUGUAUGGGAAAGCAGGAGUUAAUAUUGGAGACAUUUUAUCCUGAUCCAUCAAGGAGUUUUAAUAAUUAUUUUUGAUGAUUUCUUCAAUCUGUCAUCUGGUAUAACAGUCUAUUGUCAAUCCUGAUAUAGUGAAACUAAUUGUGUUAGUUGUACAGAUGUUUUGUCUUUAACUGUAAAUAUUUCUCACUCUGAAAUGCCCUGAUUUUAAUAAUAAAAAGAACUAUGUUCAUAUUA